AUGGAGCAUCACUACAGGAUUGAUGUGUUUUUGGCAACGGUUGAUUCUCAAAUACUUGAAAUGAAGAAUAGGUUUAAGGAAGAUGUAAUAGAAUUGCUUAUUCUUAGUUCAGCAUUGCAACCCAAAGAUAAUUUUCAGGCUUUCAAUAUUGAACAAAUUUGUCAACUUGCAAGCAAGUUUUAUUUAGCUGACUUCACAUAUCAAGAGAAGUUACACUUAAGAACUCAAUUAGAGCUUUUCCAGAUUGAGUUUUCCUGUAAUUCUCGGCUUCAAAAUUUGUCAUCACUUCAGAAGUUGUGCCAAGUGUUAGCAAAGACAAGAAAGUCAAUGUGGUAUACUCUUAUUGAUAGAUUGAUUCGUCUUAUUUUGACUCUCCCUGUUUCAACAGCUACAACAGUGCGUGCAUUUUCUGCUAUGAAAAUCAUCAAGACUUGUUUACGUUCUAGGAUGGAGGAAGACUUUCUUGCUAACUCUAUGAUAAUGUAUAUUGAGAAAGAAAUUGCUAGAACUUUUGAUAUAAAUUCAAUCAUUGAUGACUUUGAUAAAAUUAAAAGUCGUUGUGCACAAUUUCAUAUAUCCCACACAAUCAAAUAG